AUGCAUCGAUCUUCAGCCAAAUCGGCAAAAGACGAUUUCAUGCGUAACGGAUGGAUCCCGGAUGCCAUAUUCACGCUCAACGUCAAUGCUAAGAAUAUCUCGUUUUACGCAAGUGAGGGACGGGAUUCGAAAUCCUGUCCUGCGUCAGCGAUCAAGGAUCACGGACGCCACCGCACUUGCCAAGUUCAGCAAAAUAAGAUGGGCCGGAAACGUGAUGCGUUUCAACGGCGAGGUACCAAAGCCGUGGACGACUGA